AAGUAAGACUGAAAUGUGAUGUUGUAUUUUCUCAGUUUUUAUAAGAAGUUGGUGAUUCACGAUAAAAUUGUGUGCACAUUGACUCACAAAUUGAUAUUAAACAUUGCUAGCUAUAUAUUGUUAUAAAAACGUCAACAUUCUUUCAACAUCAUUAAACUAUCGAUACUCAUGUUUCCUUAGACUUUUCUUCAAUUAUCAUUACAAGUAAUCAACUGGAUGUUUUUAUUUAUUUAUUUAAUUGGUAUAAAUUAAAAAUAAUAAUUCUAGUAGGUACUAAUUUUUUUGAGUUAAGAAAGAUAGUAAAGACAUUGAAGUUGAUAAUCAUUACGACAAACAUGAGUGCAAUUCUUGAACCACAAAUUAAAUUAGAUGAUGCCCUAAGUAUACCUAAAAAAUUGUGGCCUAUCUAACAAAACCAUGUUUUAAUUAUAAGCUUUCCAACACUCUGUAGGGUUAAAUGCGUUCAACACACGUAAGCCUAUAAUAUUCAGUAAAAGUUUUUUUCCAAUCACAGUCGGAUACGAAUCGUGAUUGAUGCUGGAGCUUGUUUUGUUGCAUUAUUUCCUAUAUUUCGUGUAGAUAAUGAACUUUGUUUUCAUAAUACUGAUUUUAGGAUGGACAUUUAUGACUACUGUACAGGACUGUCCUGAAGAAAUUUCGCAUAGUGGAAUUAGCGUCAAAUGGAAACAAAGUUCUUGGGCUAAUCAUAUAGAAUCUGAUCCGCAAUGCUACCGAAACCAAAAUCUAAUCACAAGAAACUGUACAGAUAACGUUUGGAAGCCGCCAUUAGAAGCUGUCGAACCUUGUCUCAAGGUCGUAAAGAAUUUUGACGUAUUUUCUUGUCCUCCUGGAUAUCACAAAAUAUCAGAAAAGAACAAUGACUAUUGUUAUCAAAUUGGCCGACCAUCACAAUGGGAAUAUCCUUGCUUUAGCAGUGGAGCGGCAUCGGUCAUCACAGAUUUAUCAGAACUCGAAUUAAAUUCUUUACUGCAGUCCCUGGUUUCAAUGAAUAUAUCUAGAUAUUUUUGGCUACCCGGAAAAAGACACAAACUUUUUAAUCCAGCUGUUUGGAACAUCCCAGGUCCAAACUGGGGUCGACGUGUGAAGUCUAACAGCUACUUGCGUUACAGGACGAUAUUUUUAAAAAAUUGCCUCUUACUUGAUGUUCAAAAGCGAGUGAUCAUCACAGAAACCUGUAGUAACAUUUACCCUAGUUUGUGUUUCUAUAUUAACGAAUUUUAUCAUCCGUCUAAAUGUCCUGACGGAUAUUAUGCACUUAGAUUUCAACUUGAUAACGGCACUUGCUUCGGAAUUGAAAGCUCAGAUUCGAUAAAUGGUUGGACUUUUGCCGAAUUCAUAACCGCCAAAUGUAAAAAUCCAAUGAACGUUUCUUCAUUGAAUGCUUUGAGUAGAUUCAUGUUCAAAAAAAUUGCUGAACUUUCUAAAUUACCAAACGAAAUUUGGUGCUGGUUAAAAUUUACCAGUUACUAUAUGGCUAGCAAAAAUAAUACUUUCUUGGAAGACUUAGAAGAACAUAAUUUAGAAGGUAUAAUAGAUAAUGCCGGAACUUUAGGAUUAAUGAAUAAAUCACGGCACCUGUCUUGUAUGGCAUGUGAAACUCAAGUUGUUUAUUUAGAAACAGAGUUGAUGUUUGAAUAUAAUACAGUCGAUAACAAUCUUUACCUCACUAUAUAUUAUCCUUCAGGUUUAUGGAAAUAUAAUAAGACCGAUAAAGGUGUUCAGUGUUUUUCCGAUGCCAAUGGAUUUGUGGGUGUCAUAAAUGUACGUGAACUUGAUUUAUUUCAAUCAAAACAAAUAAUUUCUGAAUCUAUAGCUUCUAACAAAGUAAUUAACGGUAGUGCAGUAGAAAAAGUAAUUUAUGUAAUAAAUCUAGUCACAGAUAGAUCUGCUCAGUAUUGGUGCGAAGGGCACACAACAAAUUUCACAUUGCUUUCCACGAACAAAAUUGUCGUUAAUCCAAGAGGCAAUGAUGUUCACGUAUUUUCUGUUACUGUUGAAUACUUAAUAAUGAAUGAAAUUGAAGACGAAACUGAUCUGAAUAGUGUAAUUCUGUUACUAACUACUGUAUUUAACGCAAACAAAGUACUACUAAUGGAUAUUUUAGAAUAUAAUAAAGAUAGCAUUUUAAUAUUAUUUCAUAUUCACGUAGUCCUUGAAGAUGCUCACAAAGACUACGGACUAAACAUAAUAGAAAAAAUGAAUUUUAUAAAAAAUCAAGCUAAUUUGCAUUUGCCCCAACAUAAUUUAACAUUGUUCAACAUAUCGAGUUCGUUGUAUUGUCUACCGACCACCUCUAAUGACACCAUAAUGCUUGAUUGGGAUUUGACAUCAAUAGGUCAAAUUUCAGCACCAAAACAGUUUUGUUUGCAGAGCAAUGGCUUACCAGUUAAGCGGCGCUGUCUUGGAUCUUAUUUGUAUGGAAGCAAUUGGGGUAGUAUUGAUGGGAUAUGCGAUACAGCAUACAAACCUUCUACAACAACACAAUUUUUAUACAACUUUUUAAAGGGACAGGAACCCACUUAUACUUCUCGUUUUAUCACGGAUGGGCUAAAUUUUGUUCUGAACGACACAGAUAUCAUAAUACCAGCAGAUAUAUACUACCUAUCCAUGUCACUACGACAAGUUUUACAAAUUUCUCAUGAACAAGAAAUCCUUAUCGAUAUGGGAGACAUUGAAAAUAUAGUGUGGGCGAUGGAUAGAAUGAUGACAUUGGAUUGUGAGUACUUGCGCUUAGCACAAACGCUCAAUUCGACUAAUGUUAUAUUAAGUUCGGUAAAUUAUAUUAUUGAAAAUAUUGCGUACAACAAUCUGACAUCACAUCGGAACAUUUUAGAAAACGAAAACUAUCAAAUUGCUGUAAAGCCGAAUUUUUUAGUACAAAUAUCGUUCCCAGUACUGAAUAACAUAACUGGAAUAGCUCUUUCUAAAAACACAGAGUCAGAUUCUUUUAAUGACAUGAAAAUUAUACCGCUUUAUAAAAACACUACACUAGACUACGUGCAAUCCAUUGAAAACCUGGAAGUCGCUACUUGGGUACCAGAAAACGUGAUAAAUACUUUGAUACCUAAUUCUAAUGGAAGCGUUCAAAAUUAUACCAAUAAGAAAGACAUCAACAUUAUCCUGAGCUUAUUUCAUACUGACGCUGUAUUUCCGGAAGUAAACUUCAAAGAACAUGCCAUAAAUAGCCGCAUUGUAGGUGUCACUAUACCAGGAUUUAUUUCAAACUUAGAAUACCCGGUACCCCUUAUAUUCAGAGAAUUCAAUGAAAGCAGUUCGAACAAAUUUUGUGGAUACUGGGAUUUUAAGCCACACGGACCUUUCAAUAAUAAUCCUGGGGCGUGGAAAAAUGAAGGAUGCUACUUAAUAAGGUCUGAAGACAAAUUAACUGUUUGUGAAUGCUAUCAUCUUACACAUUUCGGUCAACUUCUUCAUAUUUCAGACUACAAUUUUCCUAGUAAUAAUAAAAUUCACAAAAGGGCAUUAAACAUUAUCACUUUGAUUGGUUGCUUCCUUUCGUUAGGAGGCAUAGCCGGUAUUUGGAUCACGGCCCUAAUUUUCGGUAAUUGGCGUAAAAAACCUGGUACGAAGGUACUUUUACAGCUGUCGACUUCUAUCGCUUUUCCAUUGCUUUUCAUGGUAGUUUAUGAUUUGGAUAACACGAUAUUUAUUACAGAAAACGAUGAACAUUUCGUUGACGAAGAUUAUAGAACUGUUUGUACUGUAUUGGGUGCUAUACUACAUUACUCUAUUCUUAGUAGUUUCUUGUGGAUGCUAAUUGCGGCUGUUCUUCAGUUCGUGCGUUAUGUCAGAGUGCUAGGUAUACGCAGAUCUCCAACGUUCAUGAUAAAAAUAAGUAUAGCUGGUUGGGGUGUGCCAAUAAUACCGGUUGCAAUAACACUCAUUAUCGACCCAUCAAAUUACAUACCUGCUCCGUCCCAAACUAGAGAGAUUUGCUAUCCUCAAGACUUUGCUUUAGUAUUUGGUAUUAUAAUGCCCGUUGGUGUAAUACUGAUUAUAAACGUUAUCCUUUUUAUACUAGUACUUCACGCUAUAUCGAGAAACUCUGAUGAAGGCACGAAGAAUAUGGACAUGGACCUUGUAGGAGCCCAAUUGAGAUUAUCAGUAUUUUUAUUUUUCUUGUUGGGUUUGACAUGGGUAUUUGGCGUCUUAUCAUUCUCGAAAAAUUUACUUUGGUCUUAUUUGUUUUGUUUGACUUCUACAUUGCAAGGUUUUGUUUUAUUUAUUUACUUUAUUAUUUGUGAUCCAGUUACUAGAAAAAUGUGGGUCGCACUAGUCAAAUCACCAGCGAGCCGAGGUAAUACUAGAAACAGUAUCACAAGUCUAAGCGUGACUUAAAAUCUUAUAGUAUUUAUUUUAAACCACAUUAAAAUGUAGCAGCUAUUAAAAUACUAUUAUGAAAAUGCGAGAUUUCUUGUAAUUUGAAAAGAACUGUACUUUCAUUAAGUUUAUUGAAAUUUCUAUCUUCAAGCUUUUAAUAGUAUAUAUUAUAUAACAAACGUGUAGUAUGUAAGCAAAUGAUCGACAAAUUGUUGUUGAAAUUCUAAUCCUUUUUAAGCUGUACAAUUAUUCUACUUUAUAAAACUUCCAGGAUCCUUUUUAUAUCUUUAAAAAUAAACAUGUCAUAUAUUUAUUAGUUUCUAAAACUAAUAUUAUGUUAAUAAACAAAAACUAUCUAAUUUUUAUAUUUUAAUUAUUUUAGUUUUUUAUAAUUUUUAAUCAAUAAAUUAUAAAUAUAAUUAAUGCUUCCAAUAAAUUAAUUUUCAAG